GCGCUCCUCCGGAUCGCCCGGCCGCGCCGUCCAGCAUCCCUGCGCGCGCCUCUCCCUCUCCACCCCCCCUCCUGGCCCCCGUCGGCCUCACUUUUCUAGAACAGCCGGGCUUCCCCCGACACACACACACACACACAGUUCUCCCCCAGCACCUCCUGACGACUCUGCCCUCUUCCGUCCCGGCGCCUUCAGACGUGUCCCCCGCUCCCCGCGCCCCCGGUGUCAUGAGCUCCCCAAUGGGCAGGUCGCACCCCCUGACCGCCUUCCUGCGGCGGCUGCACAGCGUCCACGAGCGCCCCAGGCCCCUGGCCUCGACGACGCCAUGCGCGUCCCCUGCGCCGCGCCACGCGCCCCCGUGCCCUGGGCUGGCUCCGGCUGGGGCGCAGCACGCGAGCGCCCUGCCCGGCCCCACCAGCUGGCCCCUGCUGGGCAGCCUGUUGGAGAUCCUAUGGAAAGGGGGCCUGAAGAAGCAGCACGACACGCUGGCCGAGUACCACGGCCGCUACGGCCACAUCUUCCGCAUGAAGCUGGGCUCCUUCGACUCUGUGCACCUGGGCUCGCCCGCGCUGCUGGAGGCCGCGUACCGCGCCGAGGGCGCGCACCCGCAGCGCCUGCAGAUCAAGCCCUGGAAGGCCUACCGCGACCACCGCCAGGAGGCCUACGGGCUGCUCAUCCUGGAAGGGGAGGACUGGCAGAGGGUCCGCAGUGCUUUCCAGAAGAAACUAAUGAAGCCAGUGGAAAUUAUGAAGCUGGACAACAAAAUUAAUGAGGUCUUGGCUGAUCUCAUGAGUAGAAUAGAUGAGCUUUCUGAUGCCACAGGCCACAUUGAGGACUUGUACAAGGAACUGAACAAAUGGUCCUUUGAAAGUAUCUGCUUCAUCUUAUAUGAGAAGAGAUUUGGGCUCCUUCAAAGGAACACAGAGGAAGAGGCCUUGAAUUUCAUCAUGGCCAUCAAAACAAUGAUGAGCACGUUCGGCAGGAUGAUGGUCACCCCCGUGGAGCUGCACAAGCGCCUCAACACCAGAGUCUGGCAGGACCACACCCGGGCCUGGGACACCAUCUUCAGAUCAGUCAAGGCAUGUAUCGAUAACCGGUUAGAGAAGUAUUCCCAGCAUCCUGGCACUGAUUUCCUCUGCAAUAUUUAUCACCACCACGGGCUUUCCAAGAAAGAACUGUACGCAGCUGUCACAGAGCUCCAGCUGGCUGCGGUGGAAACAACAGCAAACAGCUUGAUGUGGGUGCUCUACAAUCUAUCUCGAAACCCUCAAGCACAACAAAGACUUCUUCAGGAAAUUCAGAGCAUACUGCCUGAGAACCAGGUGGCCCGGGCAGAAGACUUGAGGAAAAUGCCUUACUUGAAGGCCUGCCUGAAGGAAUCUAUGAGGAUUACCCCCAGUGUGCCAUUUACAACUCGAACUCUUGAUAAGACCACAGUCCUGGGUGACUAUGCUUUACCCAAAGGAACAGUGUUGAUGCUAAAUACUCAGGUGCUGGGGUCCGAUGAAGACAAUUUUGAAGAUGCAGAUCAGUUCAGACCCAAGCGCUGGCUUCAAGAGAAGAGAAAGAUCCAUCCCUUUGCACACCUCCCGUUCGGCGUGGGGAAGAGAAUGUGCAUCGGCCGCCGGCUGGCCGAACUCCAGCUCCACUUGGCGCUGUGCCGGAUUGUUCGCAAAUACGAACUUGUGGCCACAGACCGAGAGCCUGUGGAGAUUCUACACUUGGGCAUCCUGGUGCCUGGCCGUGAGCUCCCCAUCGCCUUUGUCCCACGAUAGGGUGCUUGGAGAGGUUUUCUUUUUGAUGUUGUUGUUCAUCAAGAUCAAGAUAAGCAAUGUUUACCUCCCUGCAAGAAUGGUGCUUGUGGCUUCUGCAUCAAUGGAAAACAAACGUGGAACCCGGAGCACGUGGCAGCCUAGGAAGGACCAAGGGCUCCUAACCUCUUUCCUACACAGCUGCGGUGAAAACUGCAGUGUCUGGUGGCUGUACUUACAGACCACAUCCUGCACAGAGAAGCAGAGUGGGCGGGGAGCCAGCGCUGUCUGUACCUCCCUGUCCUGUACACCUGCCCCGUCUAGUGCCCCCCUCCCAUGGAGUUGCUCAUGGACCCUUUCUUCUUCAUGACACGAAAUCAAAGUGAGGCACUGCUGUCAAGUCUUGCAAAGGUUAUUCCAUGUUUCUGCACCUGCCUUCCAAGUUCUUUUAUUUUUUUUAUUCUGUCACCUUUGGGGCUUGAACUCAGGACCUGGGCACUGUCCCUGAGCUUUUUUGC